AUGCACCACUCCGCCAGCCUCGAGCUCGCCCGCUCCCCCCUUCUCCUGCUCUCCACUCGCUUAGGACAGCUUCACUCAGCCCAGAGUACUCCAAGUGUGCGCUCAAACCCCUCUACACACUCCUACCAACCCACCCAUCCAACUCCCGUCCACCCGCAUCCCCUCACGCCCGCGCGAGCCCAACUUUUUCGCAUCCCGCUAACCUGCCCCCCGACUCGCUCGCUCGCACGCAGAACCAUGAGUGAUAACGGAAGCGAGACCCCUGUUGUGGCCGACGUCGAGGAGGUCCAGGUCCAGGAGACCGAGGCCCCCAAGGGCAAGAUGAGCGUCGAGGACGCCCUCAAGGAGGUCCUCAAGAAGGCUCUCGUCCACGACGGUCUCGCCCGCGGACUCCGCGAGUGCGCCAAGGCCCUCGACAAGCGCCAGGCUCACCUCUGCGUCCUCAACGAGUCUUGCACCGAGGGAGAGUACGUCAAGCUCAUCGAGGCUCUUUGCGCCGAGCACAAGAUCAACCUCAUCAAGAUCUCGGACCCCAAGCUCCUCGGCGAGUGGGCCGGUCUCUGCAAGCUCGACAAGGACGGUGUCCCCCGCAAGGUCGUCGGCUGCUCGUGCGUCGUCGUCAAGGACUACGGACAGGAGUCGGAGGCCCUCUCGGUCUUGCUCGAGUACUUCCAGUCGAGGUAA